AUCCUCUGCAAAUAAAGGGACAUUUCCAUUGUCCCACUAAGAGCACAAAGCUGGACUGGAGACCACAUCCCCUGGACUCAGCAGGACUCAAGAACCCCAUGGGCUUGGAUUCGAGAACCUGCAAAGAGGGCUUGGACAAGUUCCAGGAACAGCUCUGGCCUAUUCUCACUCUGCAGUUCAUUUUGGCCGUCGCAGGGAAUAGCUAUGCCAUUUACCGAUUUGUGGCCCGUGAACGCUCCUGGCACUCUGGCAUCAUCUACUCCUUCAACCUGGCUGUCAGUGACCUGCUCUACGCCUUCUCUUUGCUGCCCAUGGCACUUUAUUACUACCCGAAAAAGGACUGGCGCUAUGGCCUUGUUUUCUGCAAGCUGGAUCGUUUCCUCUUCUUCUGCAACCUUUACGGCAGCACCUUUUUCGUUGCCUGCAUCAGCCUGAACCGCUAUGUUGCCAUCGUCCACCCGUUCUUCACCCACGGACGCCUGGAGCCCCGCCACGCCAAGUUGCUUAGCGGGGCAGCAUGGUUGCUGGUGAUGGCCAUUUCGGCACCAGUUCUUAGUUUUUCAACCACAGAACUUAAAAACGGCAGCAGCACAAAUAACACCAAUCGAACAGAGUGCCUAGGAAGUGCCUCGGAGGAUCACCUGUGGCAAUACUGGCCCUACAGCUUGUUCCUGUUGGCUUUUGGUUGUGGGCUGCCGUUCAUGCUGACCGCCUUCUCCUGCGGGGCCAUCCUCCACACAGUCCUCCGCAAUCAGAACAUCACAACAGCGGAAAAGCGCAAAGUGAAAGCGCUCAUCUGCGUGGUGGUAGCCCUCUAUGCCCUGUUCUACCUGCCUUUCCACAUCCUACGCAACCUGAACCUCCGCACUCGCAUGCUUGGAAAGGAGGACUGCAGGGCAAUCCGUCUGAUCUACACCCUCUACCAGCUAGCUAAGAUCUUGGUCCACUUUCACAUCUGUAUCCACCCACUGGUCUAUGCUGCCUUGGCUGACAAUCUGCAGGAAAACUGCUGCAGAGGCUUCUGGCGGAGGAAAGAUGUAGAAGAGAGGGGUGUGCGGUUGAGGCUGUGCAAACAGGACCCUCCUGGAGCCCCCCGGGAGCAGGGCUGAGGCCAUCUUGUUUGGCCUAUACGACUUCGCUUUUUGCUGCAGCAGACCCAUUCUCCCUGCUGCAUGGCUGCAUGGAAAGCUCAGCUUCGAGAAACUGCAAGGCUGCACUUGUCGUGCAAUCCCCCGCCCCCCGCCCCCGCCGGCUCCCACGCUUCUGCUCUCGAAAAGCAGAACUCGCAGGCACUUUGGCUGCCAGUGGUCUGGAUGGGCAAAUGAGACUGGAGUCAGCACAGAGGCUCUUUCAAUCUUUGACCCUCAUGCAGGCGGCACCUGAAAUCUACGUCUGAAUUAAGGAACUAGCACCGGCCUCCUUGCAAAUUGUAAUACACAAUAAAACCCUACAGAUAUUUUUUUCCUAAAUAAGGAGGUAGAGGCUUUGGGAAGGGGAAAUCAGAAUGCGGAAGUGACAGCAGAGAUGCUUAAUCACUUCCCAGUCUCCUGCUUCUUUUCACCAAACCUUUUUCUCCCCACUCCCGGCUUUUCAGUCAUUCUCUAUCGGAUAGGAGGGGGAUUUAUGGCGGGGGGCGGGUACAACUAAACUGGCUUCUCUACCCACUUCUGAUGAGGACAAUAAGAGCACUCUGGUUUCUGUGAGCAUACGGGUAGAACAUGGCUGGGGAGGUGCCCAGCAACUUGGGACCUGGGCAAGUUUGCCCAAUUCCACAUUCCAGCGCUUACUUAAAACGUUAGGUCUGCCAUCAUUUUGCCACAUUGUAUUAACACCGAUCAGUUCAGGCAGUCCCGCAAUUUGAUUUAUGUUCUUAGAAGCUGAGGGCAAAGCUGCCAUGAAUGUCAAUCAUCUGCCAUGGGAGGAAACAGCGAAGACGUCAAUUACCUUCUGGCCCUGGUCUCUUGAGAGACAACGCCAAUGGGAUCUUUCCUUGAGAAAGGUGUUUGGACAUGUCUGCAGAUGCACUAGGUCAACAGCAGCAGCAAGAACUCCUCCUGGCUCCCACAACUAUUCCCUCACACACUUAAGACACAGAAUCACAGAGCUGGAAGGGGCCAUACAGACCUUCUAGUCCAAAGCCCUGCCCAAUGCAGGAGACCUUUCGAUCAAAAGGAACUGCAUGCAGGCGUCAUAAAAAUAAAAUCCAACAUGAAUCAUAGAAUCAUAGAGUUGGAA